AUGGCAGAGAUCCCCGAGACACUCGAGAGCCUCCGGGCCGAAAACGCGAUGCUUCGCAUGCAACUCAACGCCCGGGCCCCACCCCGACACGAUGCGGCCGACCGUCUCAUUGCAGAGUUGCAGCGCAGCCUGUGGGAUGUGCAGCAGCGUAAUUUGUUUCUCGAGCAAGAAUCACACGCAGAACACAACGCAAUAAAACAGGCAUACGAGGUCUACAUUAAUAAACUUGAGGAGGAAUUGCAUCGCUGUCAGGUUUUACUAAAAAAAUACACAACUACUACUGCUACUACCCCUGAAAGCAAGUAG